GGGAAGGUAACCGCAAAGUUCGCCGCCCACAACCUCACCCUCAUACCAGCCAUCAAGCCGGGCUCAACCAUCCACGACAACGCCUGCGGCGCGGGCACCGUCACGCGCCUCAUCCUGCAGCAACAACACAACGGCGGCGCCGCGCCCCCGGACAUCAAGAUCCACGCAACCGACAUCGACCCGGCCUUCCUGGACGUCCUCGCCUCGGACGCGGCGCGGCACGGAUGGCCGGUCGAGGUGUCGAACCAGCGCUCCGAGCGCACGCGCUUCGCCGACGCCUUCUUCGACUACGACAUCAUGAACAUCGGCAUCAUCUUCACGACCGCCGGCGGGCUCGACGCCGCCCGCGAGGUGUACCGCACGCUCAAGCCGGGCGGGCUCGCCGUGGUGAACUGCUGGAAGGCCAUCGCGUGGAUGCUGCCCAUCGUGCGCGUGCACAGGGCCUUCCGCGGCGAGGCGGUGCCCUUCCCUGCGCCGCCUGUCAAUUGGACGGAUGGGAAGCAGCUGAGGAAGAUUCUGGUGGAGGCGGGGUUCGAGGAAGGCAAGAUUCGCAUCGAGGAUCAUGAGGUCAGCACCGUGUUGGAGGAG